AAAGAAAAAAAUAGGGAAAAGAAAAUAUUGUGUAGUUCUUUGAGACAAGUUUUCGUGUGGGCGAGCGCCGGCGACCUCGGCUUCUCCGUCCGAGAAAUUUCUCAUAUUUGGACGGUCCUUGUUUUGCUGGAUAACCUGGAUUGAAAGAGGAACCCCCCUGCAAUCUGGCUUGAAUUUCGCGUUUACUUGCGCUGAUCUGCCGGCAUUGUUCUGCUUCGGCUUGAAAUGUUGGACCCACGAUGAGGUAGGGACCUUAUGUUUCUUCCGCUGGAUAAUCUAGGGCUGCUAAUCAGGUGAUGAAUCCUGAGUGGUGUAGUUUUAUAUAAAUCUAUUUAUUGAGGGAUUCUGGUGAUAUGAUCUUCAGCAUUUUAGGGUUUAGUCAUCAGGAUUCCCUUUUCAUGAGGUUCUGAAAGAGAAAGAAAAGGAACUCACUUUGAACUGAAGUGGAGUUGUAAGUUGUAACUGCUCUGAUUCUGGUCCCAACUAGUAUUCAAGUUUUCUAUCCGUCCUUCGUUUUAGUAUCGUAGUAAUUAGAGAGAGCAAAAUGGAAGAUACCGAAGAAGCUCGUAAUGACACGUCGCAACGGCUUCAAUCCUCGUUCGGAGCUUCGUCUUCCUCUGUUCCGAAACAACACUUAUCGACCAAUCGACUGGAUAUUCCUCAGUUAAAUACUUCGCAAAUCCGUGCUCCCAUGAGGUCACUUCCCCAGAAUUCUAGCCCGGAUAGCAACAAGCGCCCGGGUAUACCUCCAUCACACCCAAAUAUUCCUCCCGCCUCACCUUAUUCGCAGAUCCCAGUCUCUCGAUCCAAUGCACAACCACUGGGUUCGCAAAAUUUUAGCCCGGCACCUUCGCAUUCUAGAUCUCUAUCUCAGCCUGCAUUUUUCUCGUUUGAUUCUUUACCCCCACUGAGUCCUUCGCCUUACCGAGACUCUCCGUCUACCUCGCUCUCCGAUACAGCUUCUGCUGAUGUUUCCAUGGAGGAUCGUGACGGCAGCUCAAACACACCAAUGCCUCCUUCAUCCUCACCUUUCUCGAGAGGUAAUUCCGUGAGGAUGGGCGAGAGCCUGCCUCCUCGUAAAACGCACAGGCGGUCUAGCAGUGAUAUUCCGUUUGGGUUCUCGACUGUCAUGCAAUCUUCUCCGCCACUAAUCCCGCUCAGGGGCCCUGGCGUUUUGGAACGAUCGGCAUCUGCAAGAGACAAUUCGGGAAUAGCUAAGCCAAUUCAGUUGGUGAAACGGGAAUCCGAGUGGGAUAGAGAUGGUGAUAUCAUUGCAGAAGGGAUGGGUGAGAGGAAAUCUGAAGGGGAGGUGGUAGAUGACUUGUUUUCCGCAUACAUGAAUCUUGAUAACAUGGAUACCUUGAACUCAUCUGGGACUGAAGAGAAGAACUGUAACGCGAACCGCGAGGAUUUAGAUAGCAGAGCCAGUGGCACAAAGACGAACGGAGCGGAUAGCAGUGACAAUGAAGCGGAGAGCAGCAUAAAUGAAAGUGGCAGCAGUGUACACCGAACAAACAGUUCCUCAACUGAGAGAAAGGAAGGCCAUAAAAGGAGUGCGGGAGGAGAUAUUGCUCCAACCACCCGUCACUGUAGAAGUGUUUCUAUGGAUAGUUUCAUGGGCAAGAUGCAUAGUUUGAGUGAUGAAUCACCAAAGUUGCCACCUUCUCCGGGAACUCGGCCAGGUCAACAUUCGCACAGCAAUUCAAUGGACGGCAACUCAGCUGCAUUCAGUUUGGAUUUUGGGAAUGGGGAGUUCAGUGGUGCUGAGCUUAAGAAGAUUAUGGGAAACGAGAAACUUGCUGAGAUCGCAAUGGCAGAUCCCAAACGUGCCAAAAGGAUUUUGGCUAAUCGGCAGUCAGCUGCACGGUCCAAGGAACGGAAAAUGCGAUACAUUUCAGAAUUGGAACACAAGGUACAAACGCUACAGACAGAAGCCACCACAUUGUCUGCACAGCUGACACUUUUACAGAGAGAUUCUGCUGGGCUUACCAGUCAGAACAAUGAGUUGAAAUUCCGUCUUCAAGCCAUGGAGCAGCAAGCUCAACUUAGGGAUGCUUUAAAUGAGGCACUGACUGCGGAAGUUCAGCGGUUGAAGUUAGUCACUCAAGAGUUGGGUGGCGAUGUGUCCAGUUGUUUGGCUCAACAGUUAUCCAUGAAUCCUCAAAUGUUCCAGCUGCAGCACCAGCAGCCUCCCCAGAUGAACAUUUAUCAGUUGCAACAGCAGCAGCAGCAGCAACCACAGCAACACCAAGCACAGCAGCAACCACAGCCACAAGGCCCACAACCAACACAGACACAGCAGCAGCAGAAUAGUUCAGCCACUAAGCACGAGCUGAACCAAUAGUUUUUGGUGGUUGGUGAUGUCUUGCAUGUCCAAGUGAUUAAUCCUUUAUGAAUUGGGAGUGCAGUCUGGUUUCUUUGUUCAACUUACCUAUACUUCGUGUCGAAGGUAUAUGUCUGUCGCCGACCAAUUCACUUACAUUACGCAUCCAUGCCCGAACUGCUGAUGGUGGUACAAAGUGUAGGCUAUAAAUAUUUUCCUUUUAGUUCAUACAUAUAUAUAUAAUUUAUCUUUUGGUAGUGCAUGCUUAAUCUGGAAUGUAAGCAUUAUUUCUCUACAGCUUUUGUUGAUUCCUUUUUUUUUCCCUUUUUUUGGGUGUCACAGAAGAGUCAAACAACUAAUCUCUUUCGUUUUGGAAAAGAUUAACGUACAGUUAAUUGUAUUCGUUCUUCUUUUGUUA